AUGGGCCGCGAACUCAAUAGUCUCGGCGACGACGACCAGCCCUUGAGCCAGCUCCAAGCAAAUCUACAGGCGGCCGCCACAUCACCGCCGGGUCACACGACAUGUUCGCCUCCGCCCAGCGCCGAGGAGUUCCCUCUCAUCCACCAAGUCGACAACAAAUGGCAGCAGAACGCACACACACCUGCCGACCUUGAAGACCACGACCAGAUCAUUUGCGAUAAUCUGUCCACCACACGUCGUAUACGCCGUCUCAUCGCGUUCACGAUAUUCCUUGUGGUGGCGACGUUCUACAUCUUCUCACAACACGUGCGGCCAUCGAUGGAAGAAGAGUGGGCUUACGAGCAGGGCUUUCUCGAUCAGACCAACGGGACGUAUGGAGUCGCAAAAGCAGGCAAACACUACACCGAUCCGGAUCUCACGCGGAUGAAGAGGCUGGAUCCGGCGCUGUUGCCAGGUGGGUCGGGAGACGAAGCAGGAAAGAGGAGGCUUGUAUUCAUUGGAGAUGUGCAUGGAUGUAAGAAGGAAUUGUUGAAAUUGUUGCGGAAGGUCGAUUUCAACGAGGAUUUGGACCACUUGGUGUUGGUGGGAGAUACUGUGUCAAAGGGACCCGACAAUGUUGGCGUACUGGACGAGCUGAUCAGGUUGAAUGCUACGAGCGUGAGAGGUAACCAUGAAGACCGAUUACUGGUGGCUGCCAAGAGCAUGCUCGUAGAUGGAGAGAUGGAGACAACAGAUGACGAAGUUGAGGAAUUGCGAUCGAAGGGGUCAAAGAAAGAUCGGAAGCUCUUGAAGAAGCUGAAGCCUAAGCAUCUGGAUUACAUGCGCGACAUGCCGCUGAUGCUACACAUUCCCUCUCUGCCACUCGCUUCAAAACCAACGAAUAAAUGGCACAGUCCCAUCGCCGAGCACAUCCUGGUGGUUCACGCAGGCCUGGUCCCCGGCGUGGAGCUGGAGAAGCAGGACCCGUACUUCGUCAUGAAUAUGCGGAGCAUCAACCGCAAGACGCACCUUCCGAGCGUGCUACGUGCGGACAAGAAGGAAAAGGAUAAGAAGCCUUGGUUCGAUGUAUGGAACUGGUACAACUCCAGAAUUUUCAAGGGAGCGUCGAUGGAAGGCUUCAAGUCCACGCUCUUCGAGUUGGAAGGGGAGAUCAAGAGCCUUCCCGACUUGGAGCCUAGCAUGUGGUUCGGUGAUUUGUGGAAGAGCUUCUUUGGCAAGAAGAAAAAGCAUAGCCACUUCAAACCUCAGGUUGUCAUCUAUGGGCACGAUAGUCAUGAGGGUUUGCAGCUGAACCGCUGGUCGAAGGGUUUGGAUUCCGCUUGCGUGGCGGGAGGAAGGCUGACGGCGAUGGUCGUGGAUGCAAAGGGGCGGCAGGAGGUGGUCAGUGUUGGCUGUAAGAACUACAAGGGAUAG